CUUCAUUUCCCUGAUGGCUGCGCGCUCCGUUACCUGAGCUAGCGCUGAAGGGCCGAAACCUUCAUCUAGGAUUGUUUUUUUAAGUUCUCAGGAGGAAACUGUGAUAGCGAACUGAGGCUUUUGGCUGCUCAGCGGGUCAUUUCAUCUGGCAGAGCUGGAGGACAAGAGCGUGGCGCCAAUCGAGCGACCCAACUUCCUGUCGGCGGGCAAAAAUCUUGGGCCCUUCUCCUUUAAUUGCGGUGGGCGGGACGCGGCGACGCCACCGCGUUGCUAUUGGCGGCGAUUGGGGGCGCGGAAACUGAACUGGCACAACUGCCGACCCAGCUAUCUCGGGCAUUUGUGGUGCCUCUGGUCCUGCCAGCCCCGCCAGCCCUGCCAUGGCUACUCCUAACCAGGAGGACCCCUCACUGGAGAGACAUUUUAAGGGCCACCGAGAUGCAGUUACCUGUGUGGACUUCAGUCUCAACACCAAGCACCUGGCCAGUGGCUCCAUGGACUCCACCCUCAUGAUUUGGCACAUGAAGCCCCAGUCACGUGCCUACCGCUUCACGGGCCACAAGGACGCUGUAACUUGUGUAAAUUUCUCCCCAUCCGGACACCUGCUUGCCUCAGGCUCCCGAGACAAGACUGUUCGCAUCUGGGUACCCAAUGUCAAAGGUGAGUCAACUGUGUUUCGUGCACACACGGCCACAGUGAGGAGUGUCCACUUCUGCAGUGAUGGUCAGUCGCUCGUGACAGCCUCUGAUGACAAGACAGUCAAGGUGUGGUCAACUCAUCGCCAGAGAUUCCUGUUUUCCCUGACUCAGCACAUCAACUGGGUCCGCUGUGCCAAGUUCUCCCCUGAUGGGCGUCUCAUCGUGUCUGCCAGUGAUGACAAAACUGUCAAGCUGUGGGACAAGACCAGCCGGGAGUGUGUCCACUCAUACUGUGAGCACGGCGGUUUUGUCACCUAUGUGGACUUCCACCCCAGUGGUACCUGCAUUGCUGCCGCUGGCAUGGACAACACAGUGAAGGUGUGGGACACACGGACUCACCGGCUGUUGCAGCAUUAUCAGCUACACAGUGCAGCCGUGAACGCCCUCUCCUUCCACCCGUCGGGAAACUACCUCAUCACAGCCUCCAGUGACUCAACCCUGAAGAUCUUGGACCUGAUGGAGGGUCGGCUGCUCUACACACUCCAUGGGCACCAGGGGCAUGCUACCACCGUUGCCUUUUCAAGAACGGGGGAGUAUUUCGCUUCCGGAGGCUCUGAUGAACAGGUGAUGGUCUGGAAGAGUAACUUUGACAUCGUUGAUUAUGGAGACGUGAAAGCACGGAGGCCCCCACCCCUAACCAGCUCUGCUGGGACUCUGCCAGAAAUGGAUUUGCCUGUCCCACCAGGCAGAGAAAAGAGUCUGGAGUCAGUUCAAGGCGAACCCCAAGAGCCCAUCAGCAUGCCCCAAACACUGACCAGCACACUCGAGCACAUCGUGGGCCAGCUGGACGUCCUCACACAGACUGUGUCCAUUCUAGAACAGCGGCUGACACUGACAGAAGACAGGCUGAAGCAAUGCCUGGAGAACCAGCAGCUAAUCAUGCAGAGACCACCACCAUGAUGAGGGGAACAAGGAUCAGGAGCUCAGUUGAUUGGGGGGGACAGCAAGCCAGGGAUUUGUACCAGGACUGGAGUAAAUAAAUAAAGGGAUCCCACCUGAGGGAGCCACAUCUUACCCAGUCUGGGAUUGGGUGCCCUCCUCCCCACCCCCUUCCCACCCCACAAGUGUUGUUUGUACCUGGAGCCUCUUUAAGAUAGUUGGGAAGCUCCCAGCGAGCAGAGCCACACAGAAAGGAGACUGGAGACCCAGAAGGCAGAGCCAUACUAAUUUAACAAAAAGGAGCCAUUUGAACCACGCUGUUUCCUCAGAAUCCUAAGAUGGUGGCACGCUGGCGUUCGCACUCUCUCUCUUUCUCUCUCUCUCUUCCCCCCCUCUCUCUCACUCUCUCUCACUCUCUUUCUCUCUUGCUCUCUUUCGCUCUCUAGCUCUUUCUCAUCUUGCCAGGUCUUCAUUCACCUCACCUUCAUCCUCCUGACUGGUUUCUAAAUUGACUGCUCAUUGCUUAGAUAAGCCAAAAUUUUUCUUUCCAUUUGACCCCUUCCCCUGCCCAAAGCCCCCAGGGGGCCCACCUGGGUCAGGUUUGUUCAGGAAAAAAACUAGGUGGAAUAGGUAGGUCCUUUGCAAGGACCUUAAUUUCUGUCACCACAUAUAUUCACCAGGACCCAUGGCUUCUUCCUGUCUAUAUGCAUGAGAGUAAAGGAAUCUGGAAAUUAAAACUACUUUAACUGAUCUUUUGCAGGAAUGGCUUGUUCUGGGUAAGACCUACUCAGUCCUCCCAUCCCAAAGUCCCUAAGGGAGAAUCACAGCAGCAGCGGGAGGUGGGGUUCUCAGAGACCAAAGACACUCUUUUGCAGCUGUUUGGGGUACUGGGGUGCAAGGAUAGCCAAAGGCCCUGUGUACUACCCACACCCUCCUAACUGGCUCCGAAUGGGAGGUGGAAGCCCCAGGCAUCCUGUUUCCAUUCAUUCACAAGGGCUUCCAGGGGCCUCUUCCUCCACAUCUGGACUGGGAAAGCCAUAAUGAGUGCUUUCCAUGUCUGAGUUGCUUGUGCCUUCAGCCUUGAGCAUCUAGGGACUUAACCAGUCAGGGAGGUCCUUUUCCCCUAGCUUACUGCCCUGCACCAAGGUGAGUCUCAAGUGCUAGAACUUCUCAAAAACUGUCAGUACCAGUGGUUAAUGUAGUCCCAGCUCUUUCAGCUCCCCAGAGAGGCAGAGCCUGGAUGGAUGUCUUAAGAGUUCAGGCCAGCAAGAGGACCAAUCUGUAUCGAUUUCUGAUAAACCGUAAGUGUGGGAGUUUGCCUCCUCCAGCUUCCAAUAGAUGAGGAAAGCUGAAUUCCAGGGUCAGACCUUGAUCCUGCCCUUCCCCUGCUAUACCCCUUAAUACUGUGGUCUAACCUCUUUGAGGCUCUGAUUGAUAGAGUUUUGAAGUAAUGACCCUGAGAAGCUGCAGUGUCAGGAGCCUGGUGGCCUCUGGCAGGAAAGCCACUCAGCUGCGCUGGGGAUAGUAAGCACCCCAUCCCAUGAGCUUUAGCUGGCAGCCAACUUAAAGGGCACAGCUUGUGUGGCCAGCCUUGUCAUCCCCUCCCUCCCCAAUGCUGGCUCUGCCACCCAGCAUGGGCUCUUCUGGUGGAGGCAGGGCAAGUGUAAAUUUGGCCCACAUGGGAAAUGCCUUUAAUUCCAGCACUCAGUAGGCAGAGGCAGGUCAAGAUCUCUGAGUUUGAGCCUGCACUCACAGUGAGACCCUGUCUCACUCAAAACACAGGUGGGGGGUGGGAACAGAGUAUCAGCGUCCAUCAUCAGCAUCCAUCCCUCCUUCCCUGCUUCCCUGCUGCGGGUGCCUGGUAACCAUCUACUUCAAGCUUGGGCUGCCAUGGCUUCCCUACCGUGAUGAACUGUGAACCAAAUAAACCUUUCCUUCCUGAA